UGGAGGGUGCCAGUUCUCUCAUCCUUAUUAAUAACAUUGCUUAUUUAUUAAUAACAUUGCUUACAUCUGAGAAUUCUGGAGUGUGACAUUAGCGUUACAAUCUUCAAAAAAGGAGUUACUACCAUGCCAGCAAACCACAGCCCUGGAUUAGCUGGAGAUACAGGGCUACAAAUUAAAUUGGGCCUUGUAACAAAAGAUUUUCCAGUCUCCAAGGGAGUCACAGAGAUUCACACCUGCAAAUGCUUACGUUUUCUCACAUUCUGCAGUUAUGGAUUAAAUAGAAGGGGGCCAUUUAUUUCUUCUUUUUUAAAAAAUUAGAUUUAGAAGCUGCCUGACUUUACAAUGGCACCCAUAAAAUGGGUAGAGCUCCCAAUUGCACGAUCACAUCUUGUCUUUUUUCUUACCCUGCUCUGCAGACACACUAAGAGGUUCUUAGUAAAAAAAAAACAAACAAACAAAAAAAAAAAACAAACAAAAAAAACCUAGGCUGUGUUCCAGGAAGGGAGUCAUGAAGUACCCUGGACAAUUGCUGACAAUUCAUAAGAUGAUGAAAUCUUUAUUUUUGUGUUCCAGUAUAGAUGAAAGUACUUUAGUAGUAAGUGCUUUAAUCUCAGUUUCUCUUUAAAAGUACAGGGGAAUGCUUGAGUGUUGCUUAUCUCUACUGGCUGAGUGAACCAUCUUCACUGGGCUGGUCAAGUACAGCAGACCCGAAGGAAAGUUUCACACGCGCUCUUCCAGUUUAACAGGGAAACCAGUUCAUUGCUCCAUUAUCUCUUGAAUUAAACGAGGUCCAAUCCCGUCGGGAAGAAGCUUAAUUCUUCUGGCCUGACUUCGCCCGGGAGUCAUUCAUUCAUUCAUUCAUUCAUUCAUUCAUUCAUUCAUUCAUUCAUUCAUUCUCAGUUUCGGUAAAAUGCAGCGACGUUUUUUCCAGCGGUCCUGGCAACGCGGUCUUAGCUGAUUGCUUGGUGGAACCGCCAAGGACAUGUUUCCUUCCCAGGUGCUGAAGUCCGGCUAGUUAUUUUUUUCUCGGUCCAAAAGUGAAGCUCACAAAGUAGUCCUAUUACCACACUCUCUCCGCUCCUCCCCGGCUCCGCUCUUUCUCUUUCUCCGUGACUAGUACCACGUUGGCUUUCGGUUCCACCUAAUCUCUGCCCUUCCCUUUUCGUCUCCUGUCCUGUCCCGACCCUCCCACCCCCGUCCUGCCUUCUUCGACGCAGCUCUUCCCCGAGCACCGCGAAGCUUCGUUCAGCAGCCACCAGCUUGCCUGACCGCUCAGCGCUGGAUCCCGGGGUCACCGGCGUCUCCGGAGCGCAAGACGUCCCGAAGAUCGGAGUCCCCGACCGUGGAGUUAUUCUGCAUCUUUCCCUCUCUUCGUUCCUCCCUUGGUCCACCUUCGAAUGCUUGCAAUCUUUCGACGGAGAAAAGGGAAUCUCUUCGCAGAGUUUCCAAACUGCCACCAGUCUAUCUUCCGAAGCCUCAUCGCUUUCUUUCCGCUGGCAAAAUCCUUUCUAAUCCCGCAUCCAAUCCCAGGUCUGCUCUUCUAAAGUCCCUCCACUGUUGAUUGUUGGAAUUAUCUGGAUUAUCUGGCCUGUUAGGCUGAGUCAUCAGCUGCAGUAGGCCAAGGUAUGAGGAAGUUUGGCCUUCUUCCAGUAUUCCCUCUCCCGAUGGCUUCCUUUGAGAAAUUCCUCAAUUCCAUCCUGCACCCACUCAGGUAAACUGUUCCUCUCUCUAUCUGCCUUACAGAAGAUCCAUUCCCCACUUCCUCUCUUCUCCUUCAAGGCUCAAUGUAGACAGGAUGAAAGAAGUUGAUAAUCAAGUCAACUCCACUGACAACUCCACGUUUGACAUUGAUGUUCUGUGCCCAGUUAAUAUGGAUUUCACCGAAUGGUUCCUGCCUGCUUUCUACCUCAUUCUCUCUCUCUUGGGGCUUUUGGGGAAUACACUGGGCUUGUGGACCUUAUGCAGAAGUUCAUGGAGGAACAACUGGAAUCCCUUCAAUGUGCUAUUGUGUAACUUAGCAAUUGCAGACUUGUUUUAUGUGAUUACACUGCCCUUCUUUGUGUCCUACUAUCUUCGUGGACAUGUAUGGCUCUUUGGCCAAAGCUGGUGCAAACUAACUCGACUUUUCUUCCAUGUCAACCUUUAUGCCAGCAUUGGCUUUCUGACCUGCAUCAGUGUUCAUCGUUAUCUGCACAUUGUGCAUCCAAUGAAGAUGAUAGGAAGAUGUCAAACACUUGGCUCUUCUGUCUUUCUGAGUGUUUUGGUCUGGGUCUGGGUCAUGAUUCAACUUUCUCCUGAUUUAACUUUUAGCAAAAGGGGUCUCAAGCCUGACAAGUGCCAUGACUCAACAACACACAAAAACCUGGAGCCUUAUUUGUUAUACUUUCAAAUUUUAACAGUGACUGGCUUUGCUAUUCCUUUCUUCAUUGUCACAGGAUGCUAUUGUCAUGUGGUCAUUGUCCUCAGGAGGAACAAAAACAUGGAUCCUAACCUCAAGCAGAAGAGCAUUAAAUUGGCAAUUAUGGUAACAACACUUUUCUAUGUGUGUUUCCUCCCUUAUCAUAUCUUUAGGAACCUUAAUUUCUUGUCUCGGAGAUGGCAACAUCAGGGAUUUUGCAAUCAGACUUUAAAGAAUAUUUAUAUCUUCUACCAAGUGACUCGAGUCUUGGCUAGCCUGAAUAGUGUCAUGAACCCUUUGUUAUACUUGCUGGCCCGUGAGGAUUUAGGGGUGCAACUGAGGAAAUUUGGUAGAAGCAUCAGACUGAGUAUGAAGACUUCUUUCCAGGACAAAAUCCAACAUUUGGAAUUAAGGCAAUCAAAUAUUAUGCUUGAUAAAGAAUGCGAAGAGACACUAUCUAGCGAACUCUGAAUGAUUGUUUUGAAGGGAAUAUCAUAAAUGCCUACUGUCUGAAUGCUCCUCCCUCUUUUCCAACAUUCCUAUCAUUUGAUGGAUACGAGUAUUAAUGUUUUUAAUAGUUUGAAAAUUGAGUUUGGAGCACAAAUUAGAAGCACUAUGCAAACAUGCAGAAGAUGUAGAGUGAGAAUGAAUAGAACACUGUGGGAUAGGGUUGUGCAAGAUAAACAACUAAAUUUAUGGGCAUUGUCAUUUUAUUAUUUGCCUGAAUUAAUCUUUAACUCUGAUGCAUAGUCCUGCCCUUAUUACUUUAUUGUAUAUGUAUUUUCUACGGAGGUCCUCUGAAGAGACUGGAAUUUUUAAAAGUUGCUGGAUUCAAAACAUCACAUACAUUACGUAUAAUAGUAUUCUUUUCUCUCUCUGUGUGUUUAUAGUGGCAGUGGGAGACCAAUUUAUUCACUUGCCAUUAAUGUAUAUCUAUAUAGCUAUAGCUAUUGCUACCUAGCUGGCUAGUUAGCAUUUCAAAUGAAAUGUGAAAUGUCUCUUUUUCCUUACUGAGGGCAGAUAGCCAGUGAAAAGUGCAUUAGUUCAAGUUCUGCAAAACUUUUUAAAACUUUUAAAAAACCCUUUAGGCUGGGAGUGAUGUAUUUUGGUAUCUGAUGGCUUAUAUAAGAUUGUAUAAAAUGGCUUAUAUAAAAAAGCUAGAAAUGUAUGGGUGCAUUUUGAAAGGAUACAUCAUGGUAUAUUGCACAAAAUCAUAAUGCAUAUCUUUUAAUAUAUACACACUCACAAAUCCAUAUAUUAUAUAAAUACGUGACUAUACUAGCUAGGGUAUUUGGAGGAACAAACUUAUGCAUAUGUAACUUUUGCUCUUUAACCACAAAUAUUUUAGCAUACAUUGCUUUGUUCCAUGAUUAAUAGUUUCUUUUCUUUUAAUACCAUCUUAAACUGUGUACCAAGGUGGGGAUGGGGGAAAAUAUAAGGUACAAAGCCAGAACAGAAUACUUUAUGUUAUCUUUAAAAAAAUCUAAAAUUGAUUUGCUUGAGAUAGAUAGAUAGAUAGAUAGAUAGAUAGAUAGAUAGAUAGAUAGAUAGAUAGAUAGAUAGAUAGAUAGAUAGAUAGAUAGAUAGGCAGGCAGGCAGGCAGGCAGGCAGGCAGGCAGGCAGGCAGGCAGGCAGGAGACAGACAGAUAGACAGACGAUAGAAAGAAAAAAUAUGACUAUGCUGUCAUUCAUUUUAAUGAAUAUAACUUUUUGAUAUAAUGACUUAGCUGUUUUAUCUUUUUUCUUGUUUUGUACAUUGCCUAGAGUUGGGCAGCUAGUAAUUAUAAAUACACAGACACAUAAACAAACAAGCAAACAAACAAAUAAAGGGUGCUAUGCCAACAAAUCUUGGAUGGCAGUUAGAAAAUCUGUGCAUUGACAAAAAUUCCAUCUGUCAAUUGUAAAAGGCUACACUGCUUGGAUCUGCAUAUGUACUAUGCGGAUAUAUUAUGAUAUUCUAGCUUCUGGGGAAGAACUUGAUGUGUAUAAAGGCCAACAACAGCUAAAGAACUGUCAGCUGCAACUUCAAAUGGUUAUGAAUAGAUAAUAACAACAAUUUAAGUUGAUGUGACUAGAAGAAUUGAAUCUGACUUACAUUUAACUUUUCACUGGGCAAAAUAGAAAGGCUGUUCUCUUUUUUUGCUCCUUUUAGGAGAGUUGAGAAACCUAGGGAUCCAAAUUUAAAUAUGACAGUCAGUUUAGACAAAGAAUCAUAAAACAUAAUUUAGUCACAGAAUGAAAGUUUGGAAAAUGAUUAAUACAAAAGCAGGUUUUCUAUCUGAGUUAGUGUUUCUCAACCUUGACAACUUUAAGGUGUGUGGACUUCAAUUCCUAGAAUUCUGGGAGCUUGAGAGUUGCCAAAGUUGAGAAACACAGAUCUAGAUUAAUGUAUAUAAAUAUAUAAAUAGCAUGGGAGUUUAUGGGAUCGGUGGGUAGGAGUAUAUGAUAAAAUAUGUGUUAUGAUGUCAUUGCUCAAAUGACACAAAUUUCAUAAUUAAUAUUAUUUUGUGAUGAUGUCAUGAUGCAUAUAAUUCAUCACCACUUCUAUGUAUUAGGUGAGGAUUUGGACAGAGAGAGUUAUAGAAGCAUUAGAAGACUGCUUUGAGUGCAUAGAUUGGGGCAUGUUUAAGGAAGCAACUACUGAUAACCAACAUACAAAUGUAGAGGAGUAUGCCACCACGGUUUUUUGCAUAUAUCCAAAAGUGCAUAGACAAUGUCUGUGUCCUGAAAAGCAUUGUUGUGAGGGCGAAUGAAAAAACGUAGCUGACUUAUGAGGUCCGCAAGAUGCUGAAAGCACGGAAUAUGGCUUUUAGAUCUGGUGACAUGCUGAUACUUAGACCAGCCAGAGUAAAUCUGAAAAGUGCCAUAAAAGGUGCAAAGCAAGUCCAUUGCCAGAUAAUUCAGAACUUUUUUCGGGACCCAACACCAGGCAAAUGUGGAAAGGAAUCCAGGUGACUCCCAUCGAGAUGCAAGAACGACACAAACUUCCUAAACAAACUGAAUAUAUUUUUUGGUAGAUUUGAGGCAUGAAAUAGCAAUCAGUAAAAUGUUGGUUCUAAUAAAACCAGUAAAGUGGAGAAAAUACUGCAGAUUCAACCCAAUCCCCUUAGUUUCAUUGGCCUUUAGCACAGCUGCAGCUUCAUGGAGGAGGGGUCAAAAAAUCAAGGUCACAUUCAAUCCCAUAAUAGCAAUCACCAUAGUGACUUUUUUCCCCCAUCCUGACCCCUAGAACCCUGUAUUAACAUUUGGUAAUUAACACGAUUGCCUUUAAUUUCUAAAUAUGAAGUAUUGAAUAAAAUCUGGAUUUCAACAACCAAGUCUGACAAACUGGAUUAACUGUUUCAAAAAAAUAAUUUUUAAUAUUCCAUACAACUUUAUGGCAUCUUCAAGUUUCAUUGCCGUAAACAUGGUUGGGGCUUGUGACAUGUUGACUAAGUUGUCAUAUCACAACAAAUCAAAAUGAGGCUUGUAGCUUAACUCAGUUUGAUCCUAGAAAUCACUCUUUUGUUUUUCAGUGAUAUUAUCAUUCUGAGCCUUAUGCCACCCCACUAUAUAUAAUUAGCUUUGAGCAUCCAUGAAGUUAUCAGAAUUGAACUUGACUGAAAAAAAUAUUUUGAGAGGACAGAAAAAUGUACAGUAUAAUAAUAUCAAAACUGCUUAUAAUAAAUAGAUGCACUUCAAGACAAAACCCAUCCAGAGUUGCUGGGAAACAUGUGGCAUAUAAAUUUAAUCCUGCAGAUGAUGAUGAUGAUAACGAUGACAAUGAUGAUGAUAAACAUGAUCUACUUUGCUGAUCUAAAAAAAAAUCUAAAAAGGUUGCCCUUGAUAAUACUUAUAAGAAAACCAAGAAUACAUGCUAGACUGAGAAAUUCAAAAACUGUCAUGGCCCCAUCAGAACCCGUUCAGAAGAGGAGGAGUUGCAACUGUGACCGUUCUGAUAGGAAUGGUAUGUCUCCCUUGGCAUGUUUGAAGAGGCCAGGGGCUGAGAACAGACCCCUCAUACACUGGGGGAGGUGCUUGACCAGACAGAAAGCUGCCUGCCUGCACAGACACAGGGGAGGAUUGGCUGCUAACAGGGAGUGAUGCUGAUAGGCAGCAGAUGAGGAAUAGCUGCCUCCUCUACUCGAUCCAAGGGCAUAGAGAGCGGAGUGUAGGCAAGCUCAGAGAAGGGCUGCAAGGCUACUCAGGAAAAGGUUGCCCCAUCCCUCGUCAUAAGGAACACCUGAAGUGGAGUGACGUAAGGAGAAGCCGUGGGGAGUUAGUCUUUGCCAGGAACAAUUGUUUGCUUUGGCUUACACUCCUCAGGCUUUGACUUGUGCCUUUUGCCUUGUCUUGAAGAUUGCUUGUCACCUCUUGCUUUGCCUAGCCAUGAGGGCUGCCUUCUGCCUUUUGUUUUGAACCUUGCCCUUGUCUUGUGGACUGCUUUUGGUGAUUUGCUUUGCUUUGCCUUUAGAACUGCCUUGUCUGCCUUGUAUCUUGUCUUUGCCCUGAGGACUACCGUUUGUCUUGUGCCUGGACUGUGGACUACAGUUCACCUCAUAGAAUGCUUAGCCUGGUGGAAUGGACUUGGAACCCUGGACCUUGCCCUGUGAGUCUGUUCGUACUCUGUAGACCUUCUUUGUAAUAUAGAGGCUGUUGUUUGGAGGACCAUGGUGGCUACUUUCAGGGUAGCGUGGGGUGGAGCCUUACUGGUUGUUGGAGGGCCGCUUGUUGGACCAUUUAUUGAGAGCAAUAAAGGAU